UCGAAAAAUAUUCCAUCUCUAGCUUCUGCGCGUGUUUCGAUGUAAAAAAGGCGAAAAAUAUUGCUAAAAAUCUUGUUUUUCAUGCAUAAUUCGAGCGCUUUCCGCAGUAUACAUGUGAAAUAUACAGGCCACCAUCGCUACUUAAUGUGCUGCAAUUGCAACAGAGUGGUAAAGUGCGCAACCAAAGUGAGCAGAAGAUAAAAUGCAAAGCGUGGACGGCGACGUGCAAAAAGAAGAAAAUUUUUUACCCCGCACAGAGACGCGCAAAAAGGCAAGCAGGCGACUUCAUUGGGAUUAAUCUAAAAAGGAAUUGCGUGCAAUUGUGAAAUCCGCUUGCAUAACUAGCAAAGGAGUCCUUUGCGUUUAUAAACAAUUGAAUCUAAUACCAGGCGUAAAUUGUAUAAGUACGCCAAGAGGUGGGGGCGCCCUAUUCUCGUUCUGUCUCGUCUCGACCAAUCCGCUGGGCAAAUCUCUCGGUGUCGGUCUCUUUUGGUUCAGUUGAGCAGCGAACUUCCGUGAAAUCGGUUCUUGUUUUGUCUACGUCCUCUCUUUGCGGUUUGCGCGCGUAAAUUCGUCGUUCUCUCUCUUGUCCCUCUCUCUGCCGCCCACAAUUUGUGGGAAAAUUCUACCUAAGCAGGGGUACAGCAACAACAACAAUAAUACGUUGAGCAAAAACAGCAACAACAACAACACACAGGAGAAGAGCAGCUGCGUAGAGAACAACGAAAAAUAGAGAGCGAGAACCGGAACGGAUCCAACGCCAACGGCAUGCAAAGCGUGUGAAUGCAGAAAAUAUGAUGGAAGCAUUGGAUCAGCAACAAGCCAAGCUAACGUCUAAAAGAGAUGAUGGAGAAGCAGGAACAGGAGCGGGAACGGGAUCAGGAUCGGGUACAGGAGCUGCCGGCGAGGAAGACGAUUUCGAGGACCCUCAUGAUGCGCUGGGCAUGGCGAAAGAGGAAAGCGAGGCCCAUUUGCAGCAGGGAGAGAACAACAACGCACAGGAAAAUUUCGGGGAAAAGCGGAAAAAGAGUGCUGGUGACGUGAUAGACUUAACCCUGGCAAAUGGCCAGGAUUGUAAAGAUACGCCAGAGAAAGGGGCAUCCGAAACAGAGAAGGCAGAUAUGGUACACGAAUCUGCAAAGAAAUCUUCCGUGCAUGUGAUAGAAGACAGAGAAAUGCCCGAGAAGGACACAUCUCCCUUGGAUUCGACAGUUUUCUCUCCAUCCACAGAUCUUAUAAAGCAGGAGCGGGUGGACGGUUUCCCAGAAGAACUUCAAGAAUCCGCUAAAAUCUCACUGCAAGAUGAGUUUUUAAAUGACGUUAAAUUAAAGACCGAAAUGGAUGAUAAAGUCGAUUCCGUUAGUGAUAACCAAAUGGAGUUCUUAUCAGAUGCCGAAGACCAGCCGAUAAAGUCUCCUGAGGCAAAACAAGAAGCAGCAGUCAUCAAGACGGAAGACAAUUUCCUUACGGGGCAACCAGAGCACGAUGACGUGGAAGCAAAAUACUCUCCGUCUGCAAAUAACGAUUUUGAAAGCGAUGAUGAGAGAAAGGCGUACACCCCGGCAGUUAUAGAUCUUGAAACCGACUCUGAAUGUGAGGAAAGGGAGUUCUUAUCCAUUAAAGAUCCCAAAAGUCCCGUUUUAGAGAGUGAGGAAGAGAAGACACAGUCACAGUGCUCAAAAGAUCUAUAUGAAGACGCAGUUGGUGAGGAUCUGUCCCCUGCAGAGCCAGAAGUAGAUGAAGCGCAAUCGCAACCUACCGGCGAAUCUCUAUUAGGGGGAUCCGAUACAGCGGACUCUCCUUCGUUGACCAUGGAUGUGGAUCUUCCAAGCAGCGAAGACGAUCAUGCGCCCUCUGGACCUAUUAAAAUUGAGUCGGAUUCGGAAGACGAAGCUCUCAAGGGUAACAUUAAUUCAAAGAAACACCCUGUAGAGGUCGUUCCUCUAAUCAAACUUAAUGGGGCGCAUCAAGCUUUAAAAGAGGAGAAGUUGGAAGAAAAUGAGCAGGAGCAUGUGGAGUCCCCCGGCCAAGAGCCAGAAGAACCCAAGCAACUGUCUGUGAUAACAAACCACUCUGGCAACAACAGUAAGGUGGAGGACACACCUGUUUCCCAGGAGCCGCCGCUCUCUUUUAUCCUUCCCGUUCGUACGAGCCGCAGUAGGAGCACAAGUAGUAGGUGCAGCACCGUAAGUUCCGCCUCCCAGCCCCAGCUGGUUAUCGAUCAUCCGGAGAGCGAGCACAAUUCCAGGGUGCAGACGCUGAAGCUUUCCCUGAAGCGCAGGCGCAGCAAAAGUUCCUCCGUCAGUCAACCCGACAAACAGCCAAAGGUCGAUAAAGGCGGAUCCGUCUCCUCACUGUUGCUACAACGCCUUCAGGGGAAUCCCAAUGUGGGUCCACCGGUUGCCCCUGCGGAGAGCCAAGUCCUAAGUUGUCCAAAGUGCAGCCUGCAGUUCGAGUUCGAAAGUUUUCAACAGCUAAAUGAGCAUCAGGCUCAGUGCAGCGGGAUCAGGGGCGAAGAAAAUACCAGCUCUCAGCCGACAGUAAAGAAAGAACGCUUCUUUCGCUGCGCCCAGUGUAGCAGCGUGCACCAGUGCUGGCACUUCUUCCUGCACAUAAGGGAAGUUCAUCAGCGCUACAUCUGCUUGUACUGUAACCACGUCUAUCCAAGUGUGGAGAAGCUGUCGCUGCAUCUGGAGAACAAGCACGAUAUCGACCAGAGCCACUUCGCCAAGGAUGCGUGGGCAGAGCAACAAAGGUCGGAGGACAGGGCGAGGCAUCUCAUCUGUUGCACAUGUCAGGCCACCUUUGUGCAAGGCUCCGACUUUGAGGGUCACGAUUGCUCCCAGCUAAUGCAACCCUGUACUUUGUGCGGCCAAAAGGGCUGCCAUGCCUUGGGCUGUAAGAAUAACAAACGAAAACCGUUGAGAAGACGGAGAAAGGCGCGGAAGCCGCCGGAACCACCUCUGGCGCCGUCGCAUGAGGCAGUUGAACAACCCGCGCCAAUUGAGUUAAUACAGGAACCGGAACCACCGCAGUUGCAUCUGCAACCGGAUGUCCAAAACAUUUUCCCAGCAGAAAACAUUCCAGCACCCGAGCCCGUCGACGAUCCUCCAGCGCCUCCCAUACCCAAAUUGGUGGUGCCGAAGAUUAUGCUGCGGGUGCCAAAAGAAUUUCAGAAGUCGGUGGACGCUGCUCUAAGCAGUACGGAUACGGAGGACGAAGAAAUAGACACGACGCAGCCAUUGGAAGAAGCUCCGCCAGCACCAACCGAGGACUUAUCCGUUGAGGCACUACCUCCUCCAAAUCCAGUGCUAUGUUUUGAUGACUCAACAUCGGCCAAGUUAAAUCGAGUUUUGGCAGAAUUGGAGCGCACCAAGCUGGACAUUGAACGAACCAAGGCGGAUAUAAUUACCAAAAAGCAGGCCAAAGUUAUCAUGGCACAUGCAGAGGUGGAGAAUGUGCCGCAAGUGAUGGAUCCUCCGCAGCAGUUACAGCCGCAGCAAGAGGAGCAGCGUCGUUGGUCCCUUACGCCGCCAGCAUCGCCACACAAUAAUCAUGUCAAUCUUCCCGAACCUCAGCCAGCGGUGAUCACUGAAUUCCAAGAUCGGCCCGAUGCAGUGCGUCGCAACAGCCUAGGCAGUGAUUGCAUGGACAUAGAUGACAGCUUGAAUGCUCCGGAGAUGGAGGAUAGUAGGGAACAACCCGAGGAGCAGGACGAAUCACAGGAGGUGGCACAGCCUGUACAGGAAAAUGAUCAUGAUGUUGAACCGAUACCCGUACAACCGCUUCUACCCGCCGACGGAAUUAUGGUGGCUGGGGAGGACACGCACACAGUGGAUCUGCAAUUAGAUCGUCCCCUGGAUCGAUUUUCGAUGGUGGAUUUCGUUCGUUUGUGUUUAAAAUCAGUGUACUCCACCUGCCUGUAUUGCAAUCACGCACGAAGAAUCGCGGUGAACGGAAAGCAGUUAGUGCUCCACAUAAUCAGCCAGCACAGGUUCACAGCUACGGUGGAUAGCAUUACGGCGGAGGAGCUACAUGCGGAGACGAUCGUGGCAAGGCUAAAGAGCUUCCUUCCGCACCUAGAAAACGAGUAUAUGAACUCGGCCAGUUGUUGCAGUCUGGAAAAUGGGAAGUAUGUGGAGCCAUUCAACGAGCGAAUCUACGAGUGCUUCACCUGCCGCUAUGUAACCUCCACGCAUAAGGAGCUGUACACCCACAACAGGAGGAUGCACAUCAAGUCGAACAUAAUGUGUGUCAUGUGCCAGACGAAUUUCUACAGCUACAGCGAGAUUCUGUGUCACAUUUGCCCAGGCGAAGUGGCCGGGAGCAUCUAUGACCUCCAAUUCCGGUGCUGCCUGUGCGAGAUGGCUCCCUUGCCCUCGGCCUUUAGGCUAAUGGUGCAUUUGAGGAAACAGCACCAGGCCUGCGACAUCUGCCUGGAGGAUUGCCAAAGCCAAGCGAAGCUCUCGGCGCACGUGUGGAAGCACAAGUUGCUGCAUUUGUGCUAUCGCUGUGGUAUUGCCUACAGAAACAAGCAGGACAUCUCAAAGCAUCUGUUUUGGAAGCACGGAACGGAGAGCGCAAGCUGCAAGCAAUGUCUCCAGAAGCGCUGGCGUCAUGUCUACCACUUUUGUGUGCCGCCCGCGCAGUUUCCAUGCGAGCAGUGCGGCUUCAUCUUCAGCAAGGCCAUCUAUUUGGAGGUGCACCAAAGGAUGCACACAGGGGAUUUCCGUUAUGCGUGCACAGAGGUUGGCUGUGAAGAAAAAUUUGUGUCGCGCAAGCUGCUGCUUAAGCACGCCAAUAGUCAUGUGGCGAAAGAACUGCCCCCACCAUCUUCCGAAGUGCCGACGAAUGACGAGAAAGUGACCGAAAAGCUGGAUGAGGUCAAGCAGGAAGCGAAGGAGGGCGACGAAACGGUGGACGGAAAUAUUAACGAGAAGAAUCUUUCGCCUAAAGCAGAACCCAGUAAGGAUUCCACCAAGAAAGAGGAGUCAGUCGACAAGGAGGCGGCAAAAGAACCGACAGCGAGUAAAUCUGAGAGUCGCAAGCGGCGCAAAAAGUCUAAGCGCAACAAGGAAUCCCUUGAGGACCUCAACCUCAUAGCCCCCAAUCUGUCGGAGUCGGACAGCAGUGAUGACAGUGAUUCCGAUGCGCCGAGAAGUAGCCACCAGGAGCAGGCAGUACUGCCAAUGCGAUCUUCUGUAGACGAUUUGGGAAUGCCCAAGGUAAUGCUGUCCCCAUCCUCGGAAAGCGAUGCCGACGAAGCGGAUGGCAAGCCCAAACUGAAGCAGAAAGAAGAACCUUCUGAUGCCUCCAAUGAAGAUAAAGAGAUAGAGAAAGCCGAUCAAGACUCGGAGCCCAAGAAGGAGGAAGAGCAAGUGGAUGUGUCGAUUUGGAAAAACCUCCUACAAAACCAGCCACACAAUCCGGAAGAUCAAGCCGUUAAGGAGGAGGAUGGGGAGUCAGUGGUGGUAAAUCAGCCACCUGCCAAGCUCCAUGUGGCUUGGUCUGAUCACGAUUACUGCAAGCUGCACCGCACUCCUCCCCCUUCGCCCGUUAAACAAAAGCCUGCUACCAAUGCCUCCACUAAAGCGCCUGGGCAGAAUGUCUCCAGUGACAGCGAUAGCUCCAGUAGCUCCAGCUCCUCAGACUCGGAUUCGUCGAGUUGCUCCUGCGGUUCGAACUGCAGCUGUAGUUCUAGCAACAGCAGUAGUUCCAGCGAUGAUUCCGACGACUCGGAUAGCUCCAAUGCUCGAGGAUCGCCUCAAAAGCGGUCGCGCAAGAAAUCUGUGAGGAUGAAGAAGAGCUCAGAGUCCCUCAAAAAAGUACCCCAAAAUGAGCAGGAACAGGAUGAGGAUGUUAAUGUCUCUGCCCCCAAUGAGAACAACAUUCCUGCUGCUCCGCCUUCGCCCAUGUACAAUGAGUCUGAUUUCGAUACUGCUUUCUCGGAGACUGAUGAGGAGUUCUACGACUCGCAUCCCCAGAAACUGGCCAACGAGCUGCUGGCCCAGAAGCGCGAGGCUCUCAUGGCAGAGCAUGCUCCUUUGCGACCGAGCAACAACUACGAUAUUGUGGAGAACAGUCGACCCUCGACUCCCUCACUUCCCGAGGAGGCGUCCGCUUUUGCGGAGAAGCGGGAAAGGGUAAGAAACAAGAAGAAGAAGCGGGAACGAAAGUCUACUUGUAAGUCCGGAAAGCUGCCUCCGGUAGCUAGUACUCCCCCGCCCAUGGACGGAAUGGUGCCCGAAAUAUCAGCAAUGCCUGGAAUGGUGGCGCCUUUAGAGCCACCCACUCCCAUUCAGGCUCACCCAGAAUCGUCUCUUUUUUCUGUCACUCCACUAACCCAUCGUCACCUGCAGUCUUCGAUGACCAGAAUGAGUGAGGGAAGUAGUUGCUCCGAUGCCGACGGCCAACUGAAGCGUUCGAAACGCCAGCGAAGACCGAAUAAGUUCUACGGGUAUACGAGCGACGAUGAGAACAUGAGCGCCGUCCUGGCGCCACCGCUUCAGGUGGGAAUGCAGCUGAUUAAACCCCAGCCGCCGCCACAGUUGACCUGGGCCAAGGAGGAUCUGCCAACACCGCCCAAACAGCGGAAUAGAAAUAACAACAGCCACCACCAUCACUCGCACAGCAAUGGAGGAAUUUCAUCGGCCGGAUCGUCGCGGAAGAGAAGUAAGCAACGAUCGCUGCUCAGCGCAGGAGGAUCGCGUUCCGCCAAGCGCCACAAGCCGGAUCGAGAGGAUCACUUGCCACCCAUUCCGACCCUCAAGAUUCGGCCCAGCCUGCUGCCCAGCACGGCUCCGCCGACAGACAGCAGUGACAGCAGCUCGGACGACGAAGAUGCAGAGAUUAAUGUGACAAGUUUGGUGGCGACCCCGCAACCAGCGGCACCCCCAGUUCUGAGCACUCCUCUGCCGGCGGUCUUGCCAGUGCAGCCACCUCCACCGCCGCCGCCGGCGGCCACGGCUUUCAACCAACCCAUACCGCCUGCUUUGCUGCCCAAUCCCGGCUUCGCCACUCUGCAGUACUUCAAGGCCAACAACAUCCGGUACCCCAUACGACCGCCUGCGGGAGCGCGUCUUGCUCGCGAGGGAGAGUCCGUGUACUGCUACUGUCGCUGUCCGUACGACGAGGUGUCCGAAAUGAUCGCUUGUGACGGGGACAACUGCCUUAUCGAGUGGUUCCACUUUGAGUGCGUGGGCAUCAUGGUGGCGCCGCAGGGCAAGUGGUUCUGCGCCGAGUGCAGGCCGAAGUACUCGGAGGGUAUCUAUCAGGGCGCCAGUGCCCAAUAAACGGACGCGGAUUAUCUGCAUUAUUGGUUCCUCCUACCACAAGAAAUCAACUAUAACUACAAACCCCACUACAGAAUGGAUUACGCUUAUUAAUGAUAAAAAUAUGUAGUCGCUUUCUCUCGACGAUCGGCCGAGAAGAAGAUAUCUAUAUCUUAUCCAAACUACUAAAAAAAAAAAAGAUACCUAGAGUAAUAAAGUAACGUAUUUUUAAAGAUCGAGGGCAGAAUGAAACCCCAGGCUCAAAAAAGCUCUCCGAGGAGAGCCUAAGCUAAGCUAAUGCUAAUUUAAAUAUCUGCAACUAGCUUAUCAAAUUAUAUAUAUUUCUAUAUUCACUUAAAUUGUAUGUAAAUAUCGAUGGCUGCAUAUUUCGUAUGCACUUUGUAAAAUAGCUAGAUUACUCAAGAGAUCCCAUUAACACUUAGACUAUAGGGUUUACAUUUAUAAAUAGCAGUCCCCAAGUAUAGUACAUAACUAAGUCUACACAUAUACUUAUAAUGACUAUGAUUAGAACACAAACAAAUCGAAAGCCAGCUGCAAAACGGAAUGCAAUGGAUUAUGGGAGAAAUAAACUUGCAACAUUGUGAGACGUAUACAACAAAAA